AUGGGGAAAUCGUCCAAGGACAAGAGAGAUGCUUAUUACCGCCUCGCCAAAGAACAAAAUUGGCGAGCGCGGUCCGCGUUUAAACUUAUUCAGAUCGAUGAACAAUUUGAUCUCUUUUCCUACAGCGACACCUCAAAAUGCACCAGAGUCGUCGAUCUAUGCGCGGCACCGGGUAGUUGGAGUCAAGUCCUCUCUCGGGUGCUGAUCAAAGGUGAGAGCUUCGGUCGUCGAGCGUGGGUUGAGAAGAUGGAGAGACUGAAGUCGCAAAAUCCGGUCUUGCGGGAUUCAAAUCCUACAGAUGCUACUCUGACUGAUGGAAUUGGCUCUAUUGACAUCAAUAACACGAAACCCACCCUCAAGCCCCGGGAGAAUGUAAAAAUUGUGGCUAUCGACCUACAGCCAAUGGCACCGCUAGAAGGAAUUAUCCAGCUGAAAGCAGACAUCACGCAUCCGUCCACCGUCCCCCUUCUCUUGAAGGCUAUCGACCCGGACUUCGAUGAACAGAACGAAACUCAUAGAGUAGAUCUAGUCAUCAGCGAUGGCGCGCCGGAUGUGACAGGAAUGCACGACUUGGACAUCUACGUGCAGUCGCAACUUCUCUAUUCCGCUCUCGUACUGGCCAUGAAGGUUUUGAAACCAGGUGGGAAGUUCGUGGCGAAGAUAUUUCGUGGUCGCGAUGUUGAUCUCAUUUACGCACAACUCAGGCUGGUUUUUGAAAGGGUGCAUGUGGCGAAACCGCGCUCAAGCCGCGCCAGCAGCAUUGAGGCUUUUGUUGUCUGUGAGGGCUACAAACAUAUCAAAAACUGGACACCUGAGAUUGGAUCUGUCUUGCAAACCCCUGUGCCGACACCGUCAAACUCAUCGGAGAUCGAAAGGCCGGUACAGGGGACAGGCAGGCAGACGAGGCACCCGCGCGAAGAUGGGGUAGUAGUGGUUCAUUUCGAGGAUGAAGAGACUGAUCCUAAACGCUGGAUCGCACCCUUUCUGUCUUGUGGUGACCUUUCGGCCUGGGAUGCAGAUGCUACAUAUAAACUACCGGCCGGCCACACGAGCCUUCCACCAGUGCAGCCACCAACAGCACCACCUUACAAAGAAGCGAUUGAGCGGAAGCGAGCAGAGGGAGGCGCAUAUGGAAAGACAAAAGAUCCCUCAAGGAUUGUGAUAAAGCCUUGA